AUUCAAAAUACGACAUUUCUGAUUAAGACUUCAUAGUAAAUUAAAACUCUUAUAUAUAUAAAUAUUUCCAUUAAUAAGAAACAGUGCAAAACUCCAUAAACAUCUUCAAACCCAACAAAAAAAAAUGAAGAAAAUUUCAAUUUCAAUUUUCUUUCUCCUUCUCCUUCCUCUUUUAGCUUCAUGCGUAGAAAAAAAGGUAUACAUUGUUUAUUUUGGAGAGCAUAGCGGAGAUAAAGCUUUGCAUGAGAUAGAAGAAUCCCACGUUUCUUAUUUAACGUCCGUUAAAGAAACGGCGCAAGAUGCUAGAGAUUCUCUUCUUUAUAGCUACAAGAAUAGCAUCAAUGGAUUUGCAGCAUUGUUAACUGCUGAACAAGCUGCAAAAUUGUCGCAAUUGAAUGAGGUGAAAUCAAUAAUUGAGAGCAAUCCAAGAAAAUAUUCAGCUCAGACGACAAGAUCAUGGGAGUUUGUAGGGUUAGAAGAAGGAGAAGUAAUUCAUAAAAACAGUCAAUUUGAGUUUGAAAGAGAAUUACCUCUUCGAGCUGGUUAUGGAAAAAAAGUUAUUGUCGGAAUCUUGGAUAAUGGUGUGUGGCCAGAAUCAGAGAGUUUUAGUGAUGAAGGAAUGGGACCUAUUCCAAAAUCAUGGAGAGGAAUGUGCCAAUCUGGCCCUGGUUUCAACAUUUCUCAUUGUAACAAGAAAAUUAUUGGAGCCAGAUAUUACAUCAAGGCAUUCGAACAAGACAAUGGUCCACUAAACAUGACAGAAGAUUCCAGGUCACCACGUGACAUGGACGGCCACGGAACACACACAGCCUCAACGGUAGCCGGAAACCGUGUCCCUGGCGCGGCAGCUUACGGUGGCUUUGCAAAAGGAACCGCCUCAGGUGGAGCUCCAUUAGCCCAUCUAGCCAUAUACAAGGCAUGCUGGGCAAUUCCCAACAAAGAAAAGGCCGACGGUAACACGUGUUACGAGGCGGAUAUGCUCGCCGCCAUAGACGAUGCCAUAGCGGACGGAGUCCACGUGUUGAGCAUAUCGAUUGGGACUAAUCAGCCGAUGAGUUAUGAUCAAGAUGGGCUUGCUAUUGGUGCGUUUCAUGCGGCUAAGAAAAAUAUUGUGGUGGCUUGUGCGGCUGGUAAUUCUGGUCCUAGACCGAGUACUUUGUCGAACCCGGCUCCUUGGAUUAUAACCGUUGGGGCUAGUACUGUGGACCGGGCUUUUCUUGAUCCUAUCAAGCUUGGAAAUGGCAAGACUAUUAUGGGACAAACUGUGACUCCAGAUAGGCUAGACAAAAUGUACCCAUUAGUGUAUGCAGCUGACGUGGCUGCCCCUGGUGUCGCCCAAAACGUAACCAACCAAUGCCUUCCGUUCUCACUGGUGCCGGAGAAAGUGAAGGGGAAGAUAGUGUUUUGCAUGAGAGGAGCCGGAACGAGAGUCGGAAAAGGCAUGGAAGUGCAGAGAGCCGGCGGUGUUGGUUUCAUCUUAGGAAAUAAUCCGGCCAACGGGAUCGACGUUUCUUUAGAUGCUCAUGUUCUUCCCGGAACUGCCGUCACCUCCGAUCAAGCUAUUCAGAUUCUUAAUUACAUAAAAUCAACCAAAAAUGCAACUGCUACACUUGGAACUGCAAACACUGUUUUGCAUGUCACUCCAGCACCUUCGGUCGCAGCUUUCUCUAGUAGAGGUCCAAAUGUUAUUGACCCUAACAUUCUCAAGCCUGAUAUAUCAGCACCAGGUGUAAAUAUAUUGGCAGCAUGGAGUGAAGGAUCAUCUCCUACAAAAUUAUCAACUGAUAAGCGAAGAGUUAAGUUUAAUCUUGAUUCAGGAACUUCUAUGGCUUGUCCUCAUGUUGCUGCUGCUGCUGCACUUCUUAAAGCCAUUCAUCCUACUUGGAGCGGUGCUGCCAUAAGAUCUGCCCUCAUGACCACAGCUUGGAUGAAAAAUAACAAAGGCGAACCGAUAAGCGAUCCAUUAGGCGUACCUUCAACUCCGUUCCAGUUCGGAUCCGGUCAAUUCCGGCCAGCAAAGGCAGCAGACCCCGGUCUAGUAUACGAUGCAUCAUACGUGGACUAUGUUCACUACCUUUGCAACUUUGGAUUAAAAGAUUCCGACCCAAAAUACAAAUGUCCAAACAAAACAUCUCCAACAUACAAUCUCAAUUACCCAUCAAUUUCAGUUUCUAAGCUCAAUGGUACCGUGACCAUCAAGCGAAGUGUGACCAAUGUCGGUCCUAAAAAGAGCGUAUACUUCUUCACGGCCAAACCACCGAUGGGAUUUUCCGUCAAAGCUCGACCGAGCGUCUUAAACUUCGAUCGUGUUUAUCAGAAAAAGAGCUUUACGAUAACGAUUAGUUUAAAUCCCGAUAUGGCAAAUAAGUAUCAAAAAGAUGAGUAUGUGUUUGGUUGGUAUACAUGGACCGACAGCUCCCAUUAUGUAAGAAGCCCUAUUGCAGUGUCUUUAGCUUAGGAACAUAUUUAUAGGAAAUUUGAUUGAUAGUCAAAUGAUCUUUAGAUUUGAUCAUUAAUAUUUGAAGAAUUAUAUGGUGAAUAAUUCUACUUUUUUAUUUUUAGUUGUAUAAAAUAAAGCACAAUUUGGUCUUUUGUUUACAAUUUAGCAUCUAUCUAUAUGUAUACAUUUUGCAAUAAUUUUAAAUAAACAAUAGCAAUGCCUUUUUUUUAUUU